GCAAGCAAUGGCAAUGUCCUGUGUGUUUCCUUCCCACUGAUAGCUCUGUGGUACGUUCCAAAGAUGGCGGCGCCCAUGUGCAGCACUGUGAGCCGGCUGCAGGUUUUGCUCAGAGGACUAGAAGGCGCUUUCCCUCCACGUUCUCACAUCCGCUGUAUUCAGACCAGCUCCGUUUGUUUAAAGAACCGUGCAGCACGUGUUCGUGUGGGUAAAGGAGACAAGCCGGUGACCUAUGAAGAGGUACAUCCCCCCCAUUACAUCGCCCAUAGGAAAGGGUGGCUUUCUCAACACACAAGUAACCUAGAUAGUGAAGAAGGGGCUGCAGAGCGCACCAUAGAGGAUGUCUACAUCCGCAGAUUUAUGUAUGGCACAUUCCAUGGCUGCCUGGCCAAUGAAGUGGUGAUCAAGCGCCGGGCCAACCUCAUUGUCAUAUGUGCCAUACUAAUCCGCAAGAUGCCUGCUCAGAAGUAUUACUUUCUGACCGGCUACACUGAAGAAUUGCUCUCCUACCUGUACAAAUGUCCUGUGAAGCUGGAACUGCAAACCGUGGCCGAAAAAAUAAUUUAUAAGUACAUCUGAGGUCUGGAGCGCUCGUCGCAUGUGGCCAACCGCUAUACCACAGGACCAGCUGUUCUGUAUGGAAGCGGACUGCCCCCGACUGUGAUUUCACGGGUUGUCAUCCAGAGAUUUUGUACAAUAGUAGAAAAUAAACUUGUAUAUAACCGGGA